AGACAAUGUACUCGAAAAAAAGCAAUUAUUGGCAUGAAGUAAUGAAGUGUCCAGUCUAUCAUCUCUCAGUGUUUCACAUCUAUUAUUGUAGAGUUCAGUCAAGUGCCAAAUGAGCAAUAUAUUCAUUCGCAGCAGCUCCAUAGUAUCCUCUAAGAUAAGGACCGGUGUGUUUACGAUAAGGCGCCACGUCCGGGAUGUCAAGCAACUCCCGGUGAGCUGGUUCGCAGCAUCACCCCGAGCGUUGCACCGUACGCUGUAAUUAGAGAGAGAUCUAGACAAUUCGAUGGACGACAAAUACCACGCGUCACUUCACCACUAAUUCAUUCACACUACUUGCGCACUCCACGCUCCAUACAAUGGCUUCACUGGACCAAGCGCAAAGCCUAGAUGGAACCACGGAUCGGAAGGCGUCUCCAGAUAUCACCUCAAACAUGCGAUCGACAGAGCCAUGGGUGGUGUACCCAGUAGACGGUCAUCCUGCAGAUGGAACGCAUCCUCUUCAACAACUCCUCGAAUCUUUCGGAUCUCGUUCAGUCACCAAAUUACACAGAGAAGAUUCGACGGUGAUUGGGAUCAUGUUUUGGACGCUUCUUGCUACGCCGUCGGAAGUGAAGCUGCUAGAAGAGAGUGCGAUGGUAGGCACUCAACGACCGUCUGAUUGGGGUUUGUCUAUGGCUAUACUGAUAUGAUGCGUGUCUACAGGUCAUUUCUGUAUCGCCGCAGAUGGGCUGUAAGAUCUUUGCGUAGAUGGUGAGGUGAGAGGAGAGGAGAGCAGACGGGAUUGAGACAGAGAGGUUGAAGGUCUCCCAGGUAGGAUUUUAUGUUUGAGAAUGGCUGCCAGAUAGUAUAGCAGCUGUGGAAAUCAUACGAUAAACACGAUAUAUCAAAUUGAUGCAUUGUUACUGCAAAAUUACAAUCUUUCUGAAAUUCAUCCCACCA